AUGGACGUCAAGAAGAAGUACGAGAUCGAGGCCGCCCUCGCGAACGAGGCGCAGGCCAUCUCGGCGGGCCAGCUCAAGGAAGAGAACCCACUCGACCUCAGUGACGACUUUCGCGUCUUCUGCGAGGCCUGCCGCCGCGGGGACCUCAAGGUCUGCCAGGAGAUGAUCUCGACUGGCGUCAACAUCAAUGCUCGCGACAAGUUUGACUACACGCCGCUGAUUCUGGCCAGUCUGUGUGGCCACUACGAAGUCAUACGCUUGCUGCUGGAGAACGGCGCCCUUUGCGAGCGAGACACUUUCCAAGGCGAGCGGUGCCUCUACAAUGCCCUCAAUGACCGAAUACGAAACCUCCUGCUAUCCUACGACUAUGCCAAAUCCUCGAAUCCUCUGCAGCCCCUCGCCGCCCACAUUACGUCCCUGCUUACUAGAACCGAACCCAAGACGACAGACAUUACCAUCACAUCCUAUGGGCAGGAAUUCCAUCUGCACAAAUUCCUCCUCGCAGCACGGUCGCCUUACUUUGCAAAGAAGCUGGCGGCCGCGCCCAGCACAACCGUGUGGCGACUCCCAAAUGCCAUACCGGCAGAGUCGCUAUCUGUGGCGCUACAAUAUCUAUACUUUCAAGAAGUCUCGAUCCGGAGAGCGCUGUUUGGACUUAGUGACGAGCAAGAACUGGUGGUGCUCAACGGCAUUGAUAAGAUCGGCAAGCAGUUGGAAAUAGAACGGUUGUUUGAAGAUAUCACCGAAGUUUCAGAUAGGCGGCUGUUGCGUCAACGCCGAGCAGAUGAACUAGAGCGCGGGCGGGACCAAUUAGAGGCCUGGUUCAAGACCAAUGUCCUCCGCCACAAAAGAGUCGUGGAUACAGACAAGGUGGAUAGCAUACACUGGGAUCGCGAAAACUCCAUCUUCGCCGACAUACUGCUGCGUGCCGACGAAGACGAAGACGAAGAUGAGGCAGGCCAGCCAUUGGGACCAUCUGAAUCGCCGACACCACCAGUACGAAACACUUCUGGACCUCUUUCAGGCAUACCAGUUGGCCCAGGCCGCGCACGUUCGCAAUCACCGUCACAACGAGCACCACGCAAAUCGACCGUCUUCCCCGCGCAUCGAGCCAUGCUAUUGCGCUCCGAGUACUUUCUGACCAUGUUCAGCUCCCAGUUCAAGGAAGCGCAGGACACACCGCACUUGCAGAUUGUGACCAUCGACUGCUCUCCGGCGGUCCUGGAGACCAUCCUGACCUUCAUGUAUACCGAGCGUGCAGACUUUGGCCUUGACAUUGCCAUUGACGUACUAUUUGCGGCAGACCAGCUCUUUAUUGAGAAGCUAAAGCAGCGCGCAGCAAUCAUCAUCUCUGCCCUGGGCAAUGGCUCAACCUCUGCCGUAGAGUCAGAUAACCCACGCGGUGCUACGGACGCAGACGAGGUUUUGGAUAUUUACGAAGUUCUCCGAGCAGGCUGGGAUACCCGUGUGCAGCGUCUGGAAGAGUUUGCAGCGCGGUACAUUGCCUAUCGCUUGGAGAAUUACAUUGAUCAGCCCGAGUUUGCUGAGUUGGUUCAAGAAUCUGCAAAUCGCGUCAAGGGCCGUCAGGAAACAGAUACUGUUGAGCUUGUCGACGAUAUCCGAUAUUAUCUCUCGGAGCGCUUCAGGCUUCGCUUUGAGGACAGUGGCUUAGGCGAGAUGAUGGAUGAGAAUGCGGCAGACCAGAGAACAGCCGAAGGCGAUCUUGUCGAGGCAAUGGGCGAUUUUGCGUUGGAAAAUGUGCCUGAAACGGUGCAACAGAACGAGAAGCCUGCGCCAAUAGAGCAACCAUUUUCCACCGGUGUUAUCAGAAACCUAGACGGUGAAGAAGUGGGCGACGAGUUUGCGCAAGACGCAAUGAACUACCAGAUUCUGUUGGGAAAGAUAGAUGCCCUGCUAGAGAGGCUCAACCUAGACGCUUAGACGGGGAGGCAAGAGUAACAGGCCCGAUAGAACCAUAAC